AUGUACACCGAUUGCGUAUUCUUUGAUUGUCCAGGGUUUUCACAAGCUUUCUUUUGAUUCAUAAGUGAAAGUUGCUUCGUAUGAUCUUAAUUUUAAAUUGUAUUGAGUUGGAUGACCGUGCAGACCUCUCCCAUCAAGGAUUAGCGUGAUUUUUUCGACGAUCGAUCAUCAGAAAGGCCAAGGUUACAGACUGGCUGUGUCCCCUCCCCCUAAUGUGCCUUUGGAAUGAAGAGCUUCAUGCAGACAAGAAUACUAUUUACCAACAAUUGGUGGUGCGACGCCAUGCCCGGAGGCGGCGGUAACUGCUGCGCCGUGCCAGGCGCAGGCUGCAGGCUAGCAGCCGGAGCAGCAGCAGCAGCUGCAGCCGUCGGGCUGCUCGCGACCGUCACCGCCAGCACCGCCUGCUCCACCUGACGGGGCACGCGGCGCCAUGAGGGACACCACCAAGCCGUUGCUGCCCGACAGCGCCGUCUACAAGGACGUCGUCAUCGUGGGAAAUGGACCGUCGGGCAUCGCCGUGUCGCACAUGCUGGCCGGCAACCGGCCGUACCUGCGGAGCGCCCAGCACCCGGACGAGAUGCUGGCGGCGCGCCUGUCGGGCGUCCUGCCGCAGCAAGGCCAGGCAGCACCCGUGCCACUGCUCAAGCAGGACCUGCGCUUCCUGUCGCAGGGCCUGGAGGGCCGCGCCUCGCACCCGCUCUCCCUGCUCAUGGACGCGCUUGUCCACCCGGGCGCGGACCAGGGCAUGGAGCUGCCGUCGCUGCUGCAGUGGCGCCACCACCCGGAGCAGCGCGUCGACCACGUCGUGCUCGGCACCACCCCGCCCGGCGGCGCCUGGCAGACGAUGAUCGGCAAUGUGCUGACCAUCAGUUUGGCGUCCUGGAUGGAACUCCCCGGACUGGACUUCCGGUCGUGGGAGAAAACGGUCGGUGGACUUCACACAGAGCACGUCAACAAUCAUGACCGGUACAACUCGUGCCUCAACAACAACGGGAACAAGGAGGGAAGGGCGCGUGCCGCCUCUGUUGCUCAAUAUUAUUCUGACUAUGUUAGACUGAGGGGAUUGCAAAAAUACUUUCAUUGUGGAACCAAAGUGCUCAAUAUUGAACCUCUUGAAAAGGCCUCCUGCCAGUGUACUGAGAAUGCAUCCAAUGAUUGGUGUGGGAGAAGACAAUGCUUUGCACGAGCCUUGUGGUUGGUAGAAGGUUUCGACCAGGUGAAUAGGGAACCGUUCUGCUAUGUGAGCCAAAAGGUUGUCAUAGCGACAGGUUGUACCAGCAAACCCAAUCGUCUAAAUGUGCCUGGAGAGCUAACAAAUAAUAACCGUGUGGUUCAUGACUUUGGUUCAGUUGAGGAGUUAGUAACAAGAAUAAGAGAGGAAGCAGAUAGAGAUCAAACAGGUGUUGAUCCUAUUCUGAUUGUAGGAGCAGGCCUAAGCGCAGCGGAUGCAGUUUUGACUGCCCGGUUCCACUCUGUGCCUGUUCUUCAUGUUUUCCGAAAUAGAACCAUUCCAACCGAUCGUCAGCUUCCAGAAAUAAUGUACCCAGAAUAUCAUAAGGUUCAUCAAAUGAUGGAAGAUGGAGGGAAAUGUUAUCCAUUGUACAAAGCCCUUCCUGAACAUCGAAUCCUCAGUUUAGCUGGUAUCAGCUCACCAGAUCGUAAAAUUCUCCUUGAGGGCCCCGAUGGGCGCCUUUCUGCUCAUAAAGUGUCAGGAGUUGCAGUUUUAAUUGGAGCUCGUCCCAAUUUGUCUUUUCUUAAAUCAGUUUGUCAAUCUGAUGGUACUGGUUUAGGUGCAAAUACAAACUCUCCAAUUGAUUGUCGCUCAAAUCCAAUUUUGAUUGACUUGUGGUCCCACAAGGUUAUGAGAGUUCAACAACCAGGCCUCUAUGCUCUAGGCCCACUCACAGGAGAUAAUUUUGUUCGAUUCAUUUUAGGAGGAGCCGUUGCUGUUGCUUCCGGUGUACUUAAUGAAAGGCUAUGAUAGUGUAGCAGUCCAACUGAGAAAGUUCUGUAGCUCAAUGUAUUUAGAAUUAGAAAAUUAUUUUAAUGACAAACUGAAAAAGGUUUGUUAAGAUAUUUUAUACACUAUGUAUGUUAACAUUGUUAACAAAAUUUCAAAACUACUUUUUUUAAUCUUUCAUUGCAUGCAUUGUAUUUCAAAUUUAAACUUUUACUUCAUACAUCUUAGAAAUCUUUUAAAAACUAAAUGUGAUACUCCUUAUUUGAACUGUGAUAUUGAUUUGAGGAGGAGUGUGUGGACAAAAGAUACACCCAAAUUGAACUUUUACAAUCAUGAAUUUCUUGAACAUCUUGUAAGUAAGAUAUUGUCUGUCUAUGCUGUAUCUCCUUAGUCUUAUUGAUCUAUGUAUUAUGGUUUGAGGUCUUUUUGUCCCAAUGUGAGGUGGUUAAGCAUUUUUUGUGUUAUUAAUAAGUACCUGUUAGAUAUUUGGAUACACUUAUUACAAAAUGGUAAAACUGUGCCAGAUGCUGUAUGAAUUAUUCAGGAAAGAUAAAUAUUUUGUAAUGAAGUGCAUUUGUUGAUCAAAGCACACAGGUAAUGAACAAAGGAUAAUUUUUAUGAGCUCAUGUAUUUUUUAUUCAGUCAUAUUUUAUUCAGUAUUGAACUGUGCUUGAUAAUGCCACUCUUAUGUCAUAAACCUUUCAAGUUCCCUGUAAGUUAAUAACAUUUUUGGUUUUGGCAUUUUAAGUUACAAUCAAGGGAAAAAAAGAGUUAUCAAAUUUUUGAGCUGCACUUACCUUUACUUGCCACUGGGAUGUAUGGCUGUUAAUUUAAUAGUUUCUAAUUAUUGUUCUCAAACAAGAAUUAAAAUCAUCUCUGCGUAAGGUUACAUCUUGGUUACAUCUUGUAUCAGUAUGACAAUCUUUCUAGUAACAUGCAUGCUUAGACCCAAGAAAAAUUAAUUUUGAUCAUGAUACCAUGUGAGUUAAAAUAAAAUAAAUCCGUCAUUCCUAGCUCAAAAAUAAAGACAAUUUUGGAAUAUCCCUA